AUGUUCUCAUCAUCAUCCAAUCGUAUCUUUAGAGUAUUGGGCAAAAAGAACCUCUCUCAAAUCUCAACCAACACAACACAAAAACGUCUUCUCAAUCUCCACGAAUACCAAGCACAAGAUUUGUUCAGAAGUUAUGAUAUUUCCGUUCCAAGAGGCAAAGUGCUAACAAGUGCAACAGAAACCAAGAAGGCCUGCACUGAAUUGGGAAAUCAUGUCGAUUAUAUUGUCAAGGCUCAAGUGUUAGCUGGUGGUAGAGGUAGAGGUAAAUUUAAGAGUGGACUUAAAGGAGGUGUUCAAAAGGCUCUUUCAAUUGGAGAAGCUGAAGAUUACGUAUCAAAGAUGUUAGGACAAGUACUAGUUACAAAACAAACUGGUGCUGAAGGUAAACCAUGUAACAAGGUUUAUGUUCAAGAAAGAUUAUAUGCUCGUAGAGAAUUAUACUUGGCUAUUCUUUUGGAUCGUCAAUCUGGUGGACCUGUAUUAAUUGGUAGUACCCAAGGUGGUAUGGCCAUUGAAGAUGUUGCUAGAGAAAGUCCUGAAGAAAUUCAUACAAUUCCUAUUAGUGUAAAGGAAGGAUUGCACAAAUCACAAGCUGAAGGUUUAGCUCGUAAAUUGGGUUUCCGUGAUGAAUUGCUUGACCAAGCUGUUGACCAAAUUACAAAAUUGUACAAUUUGUUUAUGAAGACAGACUCUGUACUUUUGGAAAUUAAUCCUCUCAUUGAAACUGCUGACGGAAAAGUUAUUUGUGCAGAUGCUAAAGUUAACAUUGAUGACAAUGCUUUCUUCCGUCAAAAAGAACUUUUUGCACUUAAAGAUAUCACUCAAGAAGAUCCUCGUGAUGUUCGUGCUGCUAAAUAUGAUUUGAAUUAUAUUGGUCUUGAUGGUAAUAUUGGUUGUAUUGUCAAUGGUGCUGGUUUAGCCAUGGCAACCAUGGAUAUUAUCAAAUUAUAUGGUGGUGAUCCAGCCAACUUUUUGGAUGUCGGUGGUGGUGCUUCCCAAGAUCAAAUUGUUGAAGCUCUUAAAAUUUUGAACGAUGACCAUCAUGUGCAAGCUAUUCUUGUUAACAUUUUUGGUGGUAUUAUGAGAUGUGACCUUAUUGCUCAAGGUUUAAUUAAUGCUAUGAAGGAAACUGAAUUAAGAGCUCCUGUUGUUGUUCGUUUGCAAGGUACUAAUGUCCAACAAGCUAAGGAUAUUUUGGCCAAGAGUGGAAUUCGUGUUAUUCCUGCUGACAAUCUGGAAGAUGCUGCUCAAAAAGCUGUUAAGAUUGCUUCCAUUGUUGUUAACGCCAACGAUUUGGGCUUGAAGGUCAAUUUUGAAACUAAAUAAUCAUUUUGAUAUGCCAAUAGGGUAGUUGAAAGCAUAUCCCAAUAAAUUAUUCUUUUAUUUAUUU